AUGAGAGAGAAGAAUAAAAAUCUGAAGAUCCAGCUGGCAAAAGUGCAGGAGGAGCUGGAGAAAGAGAGAGAACUCUGCCGUGGUCUCCAAGAGGUCCUAUUAAAGAAGUUUGAGGAGUCCACCAUUCCUGACAUGCCAGUGCAGGCAGUGGACAGUGCAGAAAGGUUUGCAGGGCAGGGUGACGCCACAGCAACUUACAACCCAACAAGCUGUCAGCAGGUAGCAGAGUCACACCCUGCACCUCCAGUCCACAAUGCAUCUGCCAGCAUUCAGAUGAUUCACGGAAAUGUUGGUUUGCAAUUUGCUGCAGCAGCAGCUUCUGUUGGUGGCCAGGGACAAGAACUGUCUGAAGCCAACUGCACAAAUGAGGCUCUGCUGCCCCCCGUGAUGGCUUCCGUUGGCAAUAAGGUUCACCUUGGCAAUGGAAUAUUCAUUGCAGAUGAGAAGAUGACCUGGAUGAUGCAAACAAAGUCAGAUUCCAAAUUUUUAAGAGAGGUGGUGCGGACGAUAUGGUCGCCCGAGGAGCUUCGUGGUCGGAGCAUCACGGGCAAGCCCUGUCAGAGGCUAUUGAAGAAUGGGACAACGGCCAAACGGGCACUUACCCCUCGCAAGCUUAUGGCUGUCACAAAUGCAUUUCAAGCAUUCGUUAACAAGAAUGCUUGUCCCAAAGGCCUCACUGUGCAACAGCGAACAGGAAUGAAAAACCGUCUACUUGCCGACUUUCUGAAAACAAUGUGA